UCUGUAGAACAUGACUGUGUGGUGGACUAUCAAUUGGCCGGUAUACUUACUGCUGGUUUGCUGCGUCAUUUUCUCUAAAGUACAGACUUCAUCUCUAGAACAUACAGACAAGUCGUUCGUCAUGGUUGACUCUAACUCUCAGUUGGAAGACGCUUUGAGUGUACUGCUGACUGACAACAACGCAGACGGCUGUAUCUUUCCUAGUCUCGUCGACGUCGACGUCAUUCGAUUAGAGGAUGUUGGCCUACUGAAGACAUAUCAAGGAGACGGAAAUGCGUGCAAUGUAGUGAACAAUUCAACUGUGCUGCAUUUCUCGCCACGUUGUUUGACUGGAAACUUGCAAAAGCGUGAUGGGACGUCGCUUCCGGUCGUGUCAGUCGCCGACUCUCAUCUAGGGACGACGCUUAUCCAUCGAAACGGUAGAUUGGAUGAAGAGAUGAAUGUACUCAAUGCUCUGAGUUUGGAAUUGGAGUGGAAGAAAGCAGUUAUUGUUGUCGAAACAAAACAAACCAUUGCGGACCUGUCUUCAUAUGCCUUUGAGCGACUGUCCACAUCUUAUGUCCAAAUUGAUGAGAGCACGAACGCUGAAGUAUUAGCAAGGAGAUUAUCCUCUGUCAAUGCAGAUGCUUUCUACUUGCAUUGCGAAAGUAUUCACUGUCACAGAACAAUCAGACAGGUGUUUGUUCAGUUGCUUCAUGAUCUAAAGCCAGUAUCAUUAACUGCCUAUUUUGUUUUUUCUUCGUCACUGUCUGAUAAGGUUGUAGCGGACCCUUUCUGGCAGUCAGUGAUACCCUUAGCUGAAGACAGAUACAAUUUCUUGUUGCUGAGAUUAGAAGUACCAUGCUAUCAAAAUAUCAGCAAUAAGUUACAAGAACUUGUUCACGCUAUGGCAACUUACAACGACAUCAAUUCCCAAAGUGGCUAUGAUCUAACUUACGUAUACGACAUUAUCCAACUUUUCUACGAUCUUCAUUUCUCAAAAAGUCGUGAUACCAUUGAAAAAGGACGACAGAAACUACACUACAGAAUUCUGCAAGUGUCUUCAAAUCUCAUAAAAUCUAUUGGCACUUACAGUGUUAGUCUAACCGAAUGGCUGGAUAAAUUUGUGUUGCCAAGUAGUGACGUUGAGACUAGAGUGAGACGUGCCGGUGACGAAUGUUUACCUGCUGCUGUUAAUAGAAGUAGACCUCACUACAGAGUUAGCACUGUAUUGGAGGUACCAUUUGUCAUCAACGAUCCUAAUAACACUUUUGUUGGGGUGCAUAAAGAAAAUUUGACAGGAUUUGUGAUAGAGAUGAUGGAGCAUUUGGCUGAGAAGUUGAAGUUUGACUACACGAUGUCGUUAGCUCCCGACGGCAAGUACGGAAAUUUUGACGGUGAAAAUGCCACAGGAUUGAUGGCAGAGCUGAUACACUGUAGUGCUGAUCUGGUGGCAGCAACAUUUGUACGAUCAACAGCUAGACAAAAAUACGUCAGUUUUACUCCACCCUAUUACGACACUGGCAUUGCGUUGUUUGCAGCUAAGCCAGAACCUAAAACUUACAGCAUUUGGUCUUUCUUGGAUCCAUUUGAAAUGGACACUUGGGGAGUGAUAGUGGCAUCUUGGAUAGCAUUUUCAUUCUUCCUUAUUGUUGUGCAUCGCCUUAGUCCUUAUGGCUUGCAAAGUGAAGACUUGAGUGAUGGUUAUCCAUACACAUACAAACUCUACAACAGUUUUUGGUAUAUAUUGUCAACCAUACUUCAGCACUCUCCCGAGGGCAUGCCAUUUGCGUCGGGAAGAAUUCUUUUUGCUGGUUGGUUUCUCUUCUGUCUUGUUAUCGUUUCGACGUACACUGCCAAUUUGGCGGCAUUUUUGACGGUACAGAGCUUUCCUUUACGGAUUCGCAACGUGGACGAACUUGCAGACCAGACAGAAGUUAUCUACGGGACUGUGCAUGAUACGUAUGAAUAUGAGUUUUUAAAGAACUCUCGCAUUUCUACAUUUCAAGAUAUGUAUGCGUUUAUGUCAUCUUCACCUAAUGCAAUGGUCAAUACAUCAGCCGAAGGAAUCGAACGAGUCAACAACGGCUCCAACUACAUUUUUAUUUGGGAAGAAUCGUUACUAAAGUAUGCAGCAAUGCAAAAACCUUGCACUAGCCAGAUACUUGGCUCUACGUUUGGACAAAUUGGUUACUCACUGGCCAUGAAUCACAACAUGCCUUACCACGAACAAUUUUCGUUUGCCAUCUUGCAGUUGAGAGAUGAAGGCGUUAUCAAAGCGUUGGAAACGAAGUGGCUUGAUUCGGGUAGCUGCGGCGACGGGACUUCGAGCUCUGAAGAUGCGAGCAACGCAGAGAGUGUUUCUCUACAACAAAUGACGGGAGUCUUUACGGUUUUAGCUUCAACACUUGGGCUGUCCGUGAUCAUUGCGCUUGUUAUAUCACACAAAAAAGAGAGCGAUGAAAAGAAACCAAAGCCGAGCACAUUGAUGGAUAUCAUUGAGAAGAGAAAACAGAAGGUGAAUGUCGAGAGUAACAACGGGGCGACGUCAGAAGGGGACGGUGCUUGGGUGUGAACGAGUGUAUGGAAUGCAGUCCAUCAUACGUCUUGUCUUACAGGUACUCAAUGAUAUUGCAUGCAUGCACUUCAAGUACAGUAUGUAGAUACAUAUGUUGGCAUGCAUCUGGAUUUCUAAUAAGUUGCAUGUAUACCUUCAUUGUAGUUUUUCUUCUGAAGUGAUUGGUGUAUGAUAUUGUAUUAAAUUUUCUUUGUUUAGACAAC